ACGACGGAGGCCGGAAAAGUCAAAAGACUCCAUGGGGACUGCACUCUCUAUGGCAUUUUGAUCGGAAAUGUAAUAUGGACGGAGGAAUGAGAAAGAACAGGAUCUGUCUGCCACUGGCCAAGACUUCUGCUGUGAGCCAGGCCUUAUUGAUAGCGCAUGCCUGUCAACUUGAAAGCACUUGAAAGCUGGAAGCCAGAGAAUCAGUUAAACGUCCUUCUUGGCUAUUUAGUAAGUUCGAAGCCAGCCUGGGCUUCCUGAGACCCUGUCUCAAAAACAAAGCCCUGAAUUACACCUGUCACCCCAGCAUUUGGGAAGUAGAGACUGGAAAAUCAGGAAUUUUCGGCAACAUAGCAAGUUCGAGAGCAGCCUGGGAUAUGUGAAAAACAAACAAAAAACUCCUGAAAGGGAUCCACGUGAAAGAACAACCGAGAGCUAGUCUGUUCAACAUUCGGCCCUAUUUCCUUCUCCACCUCAUGUUUCCCUCCGGAGGACAAUGAGGAGAGAACCUCUUCCGGCUGAGGAAACAUGGCAGCGACCUACAGUAAGGACCUCAUUUGGGACAGAACCAUACGGUACUUCCGUUUGCAUCCUAGCUUCUGGAUGGUGGAGUACUGCUGAGUUCCAGCCAUGGGGUCUUCGGGCCUGGCUCGACUGCAGGGGCUCUUCGCGGUCUACAAACCUCCGGGGCUGAAAUGGCUGCACUUGCGGGAGACCGUGGAGCUGCAGCUGCUUAAAGGUCUCAAUGCAGCAGCGAAGCCUCCUGCUCCGGAACAGCGAGUUCGCUUCUUGCUAGGCCCUGCGGAAGGCAGCGAAGAGAAGUUGACUCUCACAGCCACCAGUGUGCCCACCCUCACUACCCACAGACUUGUACGUGGCCCAGCGUUCACCAGCCUGAAGAUUGGUGUUGGACAUCGCUUGGAUGCCCAGGCUUCUGGUGUUCUUGUGCUCGCCGUGGGACAUGGAUGCAGACUCCUCACUGACAUGUAUGAUGCUCACCUCACCAAGGAUUACACAGUGCGUGGCCUCCUAGGCAAAGCUACAGACAACUUCUGUGAAGAUGGGCAGCUGAUAGAGAAGACAACAUAUGACCAUGUGACCAGAGAACGGCUGGACCGGAUCCUGGCUAUAAUCCAAGGCUCCCACCAAAAGGCACUGGUGAUGUACUCCAACCUGGACCUGAAGUCCCAGGAGGCCUAUGAGAUGGCUGUGCAAGGUGUGAUCCGGCCCAUGAACAAGUCCCCAAUGCUCAUCUCUGGCAUCCGCUGCCUGCACUUUGCACCUCCUGAGUUCCUUUUAGAGGUGCAGUGUAUGCAUGAGACACAGCAGCAGCUGAGGAAGCUGGUGCAUGAAAUCGGCCUGGAGCUGAGGACCACCGCUGUCUGCGUGCAAGUACGGCGCACUCGGGAUGGCUUCUUCAGGCUGGAUGAUGCCCUCCUGAGAACGCAGUGGGACCUACACAGCAUCCAGGAUGCCAUCCAGGCUGCAGCCCCCCGGGUAGCAGCAGAGCUGAAAAAGGACUUGAGACUAAGGUUGGGCCACCAGCAGCUCCCCAGUGCUGGGCAGCCUCGUGGCUCCAAGGACUCAAGCUCCACUUUGGGGGUGGAAAGCUCUGUGGGGCAGUGAAUGCCCGGAUGUGAGUGGGCAAAGACAAAGGCUUUUUACAAGUCAGAGCAGAUGACCGUGCAGAUGACCGUGCAGAGUGACCUCAAGGGCCUGAGCAGUGCCCACGCUUGCCAUCCCAGCAAAACAGAAAAAGGGAAAAGGGGGGUCUUUCUACUUGAGACACAGACUGACUGCAGAGAUGAGCUGUGUGUGGCAGCAGGGCCUAUCAUCUUGGCUAUCUGGGAAGCUCAGGCUAGAAUCUUGACAGUUUAAGGCCAGCCUAGGGUUACACCGUGAAACCGUGUCUCAAAAGUCAGAUCAGAGUCAGACCUGUAAUUGAAGCACUCCAGAAGCAGAAACAGAAGAUCAGGAGUUCAAGGUCAUCCUUGGCCACAGUGAGUUUAAGGCCAGUCUGGGCUGUUUCCAGUGUUUAGUUUUUCACAGAGAUGGGGAAUGUCACCCCAACACCUAAUGACCACUGGUAAUUUAUUUAGAUUCAUAUGACUGAUUUAUCUGAAAGUAUUUAUACCUAGGGAAGUCUUUUUACUGUUUCAAGGUGGUGUCUCACACCUGUGAUCUCAAUGGCUCUGAGUUUGAGGCCAGCCUGAACUUUCUGGAGUACUUUGUAGUACAUGUCAGUAUUUGAUCCUUUGGCCAGUCAUAGUGUAGACCUUUAAUCACCAUGUGGGUGUUGGAGACAGGGGGAUCAGGAAUUCAAGGUCAGC